AAAACGUAUGUGGAUCAAGCUUGUAGAGCUGCAGAUGAAUUUGUCAACAUUUAUUAUGAGACAAUGGAUAAAAGAAGGCGGGCUUUGACAAGACUUUACCUGGACAAGGCCACAUUGGUUUGGAAUGGCAAUGCAGUGUCCGGGCAGGAAGAACUGAGUAAAUUCUUUGAAAUGUUGCCUUCUAGUGAGUUCCAGGUUAACGUGUUGGAUUGCCAGCCCGUGCACGAGCAAGCUACACAAGGCCAGACGACAGUCCUCGUGGUGACAAGUGGGACAGUAAAAUUUGAUGGCGACAAGCAACGCUACUUCAAUCAGAACUUCUUGCUGACAGCACAGGCCACACCCACCAACACAGUGUGGAAGAUCGCCAGUGACUGUUUCCGCUUCCAGGACUGGGCCAGCUAG